CCCCACGCCGCCGUGAGCUCGCCGUGCGCGCCCGGCCCGACAGCUGCCCGCCGCCGCCCUCGCCCUCGCCGUCGCCCUCGGCCACAGCCCCUGCCCAGCCUCGCUCGCGGCCGCCCGCAGCUCUGCGCCGCCCCGGCCAUGCUGUCCUUCCAGUACCCCGACGUGUACCGCGACGAGUCCGCCGUACAGGAUUAUCAUGGACAUAAAAUUUAUGACCCUUAUGUUUGGCUUGAAGACCCAGACAGUGAGCAGACAAAGGCUUUUGUGGAGGCACAGAACAAGAUUACUGUGCCGUUUCUUGAGCAGUGUCCAAUCAGAGGUUUAUACAAAGAAAGAAUGACUGAAUUGUAUGACUACCCCAAGUAUAGUUGCCACUUCAAGAAAGGAAAGAGGUAUUUUUAUUUUUACAAUACAGGUUUGCAGAACCAGCGAGUAUUGUAUGUGCAAGAUUCCUUAGAGGGUGAAGCCAGAGUGUUCCUGGACCCCAACGUUCUGUCUGAUGAUGGCACUGUGGCUCUCCGAGGUUAUGCAUUCAGUGAAGAUGGUGAAUAUUUUGCCUAUGGUUUGAGUGCCAGUGGCUCAGACUGGGUGACGAUCAAGUUCAUGAAAGUUGAUGGUGCCAAAGAGCUUCCUGAUGUGCUUGAGAGAGUCAAGUUCACCUGUAUGGCCUGGACCCAUGAUGGGAAGGGAAUGUUCUACAAUUCAUACCCCCAGCAGGAUGGAAAGAGUGAUGGUACAGAGACAUCUACAAAUCUCCACCAAAAACUUUGCUACCAUGUCUUGGGGACAGAUCAAUCAGAAGAUAUUUUGUGUGCUGAGUUUCCUGAUGAGCCUAAAUGGAUGGGUGGAGCUGAGUUAUCUGAUGAUGGUCGCUAUGUCUUGUUAUCAAUCUGGGAGGGAUGUGAUCCAGUUAACCGACUCUGGUACUGUGAUCUGAAGCAGGAGUCCAAUGGCAUCACUGGAAUCCUGAAGUGGGUAAAACUGAUAGACAACUUUGAAGGAGAAUAUGACUAUGUAACCAACGAGGGGACAGUGUUUAUAUUCAAGACGAAUCGCAAUUCUCCUAACUAUCGCCUGAUCAGCAUUGACUUCACCGAUCCUGAUGAAUCUAAGUGGAAAGUUCUUGUUCCUGAGCAUGAGAAAGACGUCUUAGAAUGGGUGGCUUGUGUCAGGUCCAACUUCCUGGUCUUGUGCUACCUCCAUGACGUGAAGAACACUCUGCAGCUUCAUGACCUGAGCACGGGUGCUCUCCUCAAGUCCUUCCCGCUUGACGUUGGCAGUGUGGUGGGGUACAGCGGGCGGAAGAAGGACUCGGAGAUCUUCUACCAGUUCACUUCCUUCUUAUCUCCAGGCAUCAUUUAUCACUGUGAUCUUACCAAAGAGGAACUGGAGCCCAGAGUUUUCCGAGAGGUGACUGUGAAGGGAAUUGAUGCUUCUGAUUAUCAGACAAUCCAGAUUUUCUACCCUAGCAAGGAUGGCACAAAGAUUCCAAUGUUUAUUGUACAUAAAAAAGGGAUAAAAUUGGAUAGCUCACAUCCUGCUUUCUUAUAUGGCUAUGGUGGCUUCAACAUAUCCAUUACACCCAACUACAGCGUGUCCAGGCUCAUUUUUGUGAGACACAUGGGCGGCGUUCUGGCGGUGGCUAACAUCAGAGGCGGUGGCGAAUAUGGAGAGACAUGGCAUAAAGGUGGUAUCUUGGCCAACAAACAAAACUGCUUUGAUGACUUUCAGUGUGCUGCUGAAUAUCUGAUCAAGGAAGGUUACACAUCUCCCAGGAGGCUGACAAUCAAUGGAGGUUCCAAUGGAGGCCUUUUAGUGGCGGCUUGUGCUAAUCAGCGUCCUGACCUCUUCGGUUGUGUUAUUGCCCAAGUUGGAGUGAUGGACAUGUUGAAGUUCCACAGAUUUACCAUUGGCCAUGCCUGGACCACUGAUUAUGGGUGCUCAGACAGCAAACAGCACUUUGAAUGGCUUCUCAAAUACUCCCCACUGCACAACGUGAAGUUGCCUGAGGCCGAUGGCAUCCAGUAUCCAUCCAUGCUCCUCCUCACCGCUGACCACGAUGACCGCGUGGUCCCCCUGCACUCCCUGAAGUUCAUCGCCACACUUCAGUACAUUGUGGGCCGCAGCCGGAAGCAAAGCAACCCUUUACUCAUCCACGUGGACACCAAAGCAGGCCAUGGGGCUGGGAAGCCCACCGCCAAAGUGAUAGAAGAAGUUUCAGAUAUGUUUGCAUUCAUAGCACGGUGCCUAAACAUCGAGUGGAUUCAAUAAAUGGGAUUUCCAGCUCCCUCCCAGCAGCCACAGAAAACCUCAAGGGCUUUCACACCAUUCUGACCAAUGAACCACUGGGCAGAAUGCUGCCCUGCGUGAGCACCGUGCCUCCGCUCACCAACUGCAGCCACGCAGAACUGCUGUGGGAAUUUUAUCUUUUCUAGGCUUCUCCUUUUUAGUGGGCCCUUGUUGUUUCUUUCCACUCUAUACAGGCACAUAUUUUAAAAAGGAUUUGAAAAAAGGCAUGCUUGCAUAAAAAGCUAAUGAACAUGUUGUGAAUAUUAGAUUUCUGUAAUAAGGGUCAUAGUUGGGCGUACUCAUAUAUAACAGUUCAAUGAAUUUGCUUCUAUAACCAUAAUGUACAUCAUUAAAUAAAUAUGAGAACUGUUCUCAAGA